AAAAAUUUACUACAAAGACUUGAAUCCACAAAAAUUACCACCGAUUGCCAGUUUCAGGACCUAAACUAUUAGAUGACUAACUGAUAAUCAAAUAGACACUCACAGACACCACCAACAAAAAAAACAACAGUAUGAGUGGUGGUAGAGGACGUUACCAUCCAUACAAAUCGGCUCUUAUUCGUAGUCGCGGUCGCGGUCGCAGUCAGGCCGCCAAACAACAAGAACCUCAACCCUAUCUGCCACAUACACAGCCACUGCUACCUCCGGCAGCGACAUACACACCGUCGGCAAACAGACAACCGCAACCAUUUGUGGCACCGGUUGAACCGCAGAUUUUUAGGCCAGUUAUACUCGAGAAAUCGGAUUUAAAUUUAAUAGAACAGCUUCCACCGCAAAGACCAUUAAGACCGUGGCCGACCAGACAGCCACAAAUACAGACGCCAGUCUCAUUCCCGCCAUUUGGAGCUUUCAACUAUGGAACACCGGGACAUCAUGAUCAGCCACGGCCAACGACACCGACACCAUUGUUACCGUCAGAAGCACCGGUAGAACAGCAAAAAGAGUGGUGGUAUCCAGAAACAUUUCCAUCACUACCAUCAAUUGGACCGGGCAAUGCUGAAGCCCCGGUAGAAUCGCCAAAAGAGUGGUGGUAUCCAGAAACAUUUCCAUCACUUCCAUCAUUUGAAUCGGGCAAUGCUGGGGCACCUGUAGAACAACCAAAAGAGUGGUGGUACCCAGAAACAUUUCCAUCACUUCCAUCAAUUGGAUCCAACAAUUCUGGAGCGGGCAAUGCUGAAGCACCGGUAGAACAGCAAAAAGAGUGGUGGUACCCAGAAACAUUUCCAUCACUUCCAUCAAUUGGAUCCAACAAUUCUGGAGCGGGCAAUGCUGAAGCACCGGUAGAACAGCAAAAAGAGUGGUGGUACCCAGAAACAUUUCCAUCACUUCCAUCAUUUGGAUCUAACAACUCUGGACCGGGCAAUGCUAAUAUCUAUGGACCACCACCAACACCACAACCACCUCCGCCAUCAUCACCAUCACCACCGCCACCGUUACCGUCAUUCAAUUUUUUUGGACCGAAGGACAAAAGUACUUCACAUCCGGUACCACCAUUGCCGGCCAAUCCGCAACAAUCAUAUGUGGCAGUACCACAGGUGUCACCAUCGCAAGUGUCACUUCCCUCAUUUGGAUCCCUUAGUUUUGGAUCUUACAAUUCUAAUGUACGAACUCCAUCACCGCAACCAUUAACAACACCACCAGGACUACCAUCGCCGGUAUCCCAAUUGGGUCCGCAAAUAACGUUGCCAUCCAACUUUCAGUUGCCAUUUGGACCGUACGAUUCAACUAAAUCAUUAGUGCCAUCAAUUCAACAACCGGGACAGCCAGUGUCGCCAGCAUUAGUAACACCAGUGCCGAAAUCACAUGUAGUAGUACCGCAAGUACCGUCACCGACACCAGCAACACCAGCAUCUUUUGGGUCAUUACCAUCAUUUGGAUCCCUCAGUUUUGGAUCGGGCCUCAAAACACCAGUUCCCCAAUUGCAACCAUCAGUGCAACCAUCACCGGGACCGAUAGUGCCGUCAGCGGCCAAACAAUCUCAAUUUUAUGUGCCACCCACCAAUAUAUGGUCGCAGCCACCAUUAUCGCCGCAGCAGACAUUGCCACAAUUUCUCAACAUUUCAAGCGGCUCUAUAUAUGGACCUCAAGCAUCGGGACUACAACGACCACCACAACCGGUAACACCGUUAGCCUAUGUUCAGCAACGGUAUCCCAAUUGGUUGGACGUGGGCUCAAAAUAUUGUAUACCAAUACCGGCAAACCAGCCGCUAACUAACGACGAGAUAGAUAUGACUAAAAAAGAAGGUAUUGAAUUUAAGGGUUCAUUGGGCACCGGCGGUUUCGGACAGGUAUACGAGUGUCAGCUAACAAAACCGAUAAACAAUAGGACUACAUAUCCCAAUCAAUUGUUGGCCGUAAAAAUUAUAUCCAUUAGUAAUUACCUACGAAUGGGUAGUACACCCUAUCAAGCACUCAAGACUAUGGUCUCCGAGUAUCGAUUGCUCGAACCGCUAAAUCAUCCGAAUAUUGUUGAAACUGUCGAUGUGUUUAAUAUCAAAGAUCCGAUAACACAGUUCCCCUGUAUUAGACAAUUGAUUUUCAUGGAACUGUGUAGCGGAACACUACAACAAUUGGUCGUACAAAUGGUCACAAUGACCGAAACGCAUGCCCGUGAAUGGUUUACGCAGAUAAUUAGAGGUGUCGAGUAUUUGCAUGGAAAGGGCAUCGCCCAUAUGGAUAUCAAAUGUCCGAACAUACUCUACAAGGGUCAAUUUCCGGGUCAGGCUGUUUUCAAAUUGGCCGACUAUGGUCUGGCCGCCCAGCAUCCAGAGAUUUUGGGUAAUAGAGGAACCGUUGGCUAUAUGGCACCUGAAUUGGCACCCAAUGCAACUGUACGCACCUUUCCGUGCGAUAUCUGGUCGCUUGGUAUAACUUUGUGCGAAACACUGGGCGGUAUUGGAUUGUCUCGACAGGUUGUCGACCAGUUCCGACUGGUGACCAAUCAACAUGACUUUCAACAGCUCAUACAAACUACACAGAUUCAAGUGGAUACAUUAGCUUUUGUUGAUAUGAUAAUUGGUAUGUUAAUUAUUGAUCCAAAAUUUAGGUUUACCUGUACACAGAUUAUCAAUAGUCAAUGGUUUGCUAAUCCAUAAUAAAUUAAGCGAUGUUUGUGAGGAUCGGUUAGGUUAAGGUGUAUCAACCAGUAUGUGCUCGUAUUAUUCAAAUUUUGGGUUAAAAUAAAUUAUGACAAAAAA